UUUCCCCGACACUUUAACAGUUUCUCUCUCUCUCUUGUCUCACUGAGUUUUAGUUUCCUUCUUCUUCGGAAACCUUCGCUCGUGUGAAAUUCCCCGCACGUGUUCAGGUUCGUCCUACAGGUUUUCUCUCCCCAAACUCGAUUCACUGAUUACAGUCAUUGAUUUACAAUUAAUUUUAGAGAUUUGUAUAUUCCAAUCGAACUUCAAUUUCAUCUUUCCCAAAACUAAAGGUUUUUCUAGGGUUUUGUUUUUUCUGGCUAUGCUAAUACCUACUUAGGAAUAACUAUUUCCACACUAUGCAAUUACUAUGUUAACAUUGUUCAAAUUCCUGGUUAGUAUUGUUUGAAUUGAAUUAGAAAGAACAAAAUUUAUAGGUGCAAAUCCAAUAAUAAAAGUACCAAAUCCCAAAAAAUGCUUCAAUCUCCAGCAAGGUUAGGGCUCACAAACCCAAAUUCACCUUCACUUCAAAACCCUACUCCACCAAAAAUCACCCAUCACCCAAAUCACCAGCUCCAACCUUCUUCCAAUCUCUCAUCAUCAAACACAGCUCCCAUUAUCUCCACCACCACCACUUCUUCAACUCUUCUCUCUCUACUCCCACCUCUCCCUAGAGCCCAAACCCUUCUCCUCCAAAUGGCUUCUUUAGCCUCCAAACUCUUCGAGGUCUCGCCUAAUCGCUCCCUCUGGCUCACCGCAUUUCGUGGCUCUCUCCCUACUUUCCUCCCCCCUCAAACCCAACCCACCCCGCUCGAGUCCUCCCCUUCUACUGCCAAAGAAAUCCACUCCCUUUUCACUGUCCUUCAAACCCAGCUCUUCGAAGCUGUUGCGGAGCUUCAAGAGAUUCUUGAUCUCCAGGAUGCUAAGAAGAAAGUCGCCCGCGAAAUCCAGUCCAAGGAUUCUUCGCUUCUCGCGUUUGCUAAUAAGCUGAAAGACGCUGAGCGUGUUCUUGAUAUUCUUGUUGAUGAUUACUCUGAUUAUCGCCGCCCCAAAAGAGCAAAAUUAGAGGAGGAUGAGAGCAUGGAGGAGGAGGAGGAUGAUUCUUCUUCUUGUACUACCACUGUUGCAUCUAAGCUGAAAUUGUCGGAUAUUUUAUCGUAUGCCCAUAAGAUAAGCUACACGACCUUUGCACCACCUGAAUUCGGUGCUGGGCAGGCUCCCCUUCGUGGUGCUCUCCCGCCUGCGCCACAAGAAGAGCAAAUGCGUGCUUCGCAGCUUUACAAUUUUGCUGACCUUGAUGUUGGUUUACCUAAAGUGGACGAAAGCAAGGAGAAAACAAUUGAACCUAUUGUUGAGCCCCCAGCUUCACAGCCAGCAGAUGCCAAUCCACUUGCAAAUCUAACUGGUCUGCUUCCUCCAAACAUUACUGUUCCAUCUGGCUGGAAACCUGGGAUGCCUGUGGAAUUGCCCAUUAAUUUGCCUAUGCCCCCGCCUGGAUGGAAGCCCGGGGACCCUGUGCCAUUGUCUGUGCUUGAGUCUCUUCCUGUUCCUAGGGCUGACGAGCAACAAAUGCGUGGGCCCCUUGCUCCUCAACAUAAGCCACCUGGGCCAAUACAAGUUCGGCAUGUUGAGCUGGAUAUUCUGGAUCAAGAUGAUGACAGCAGUGAUUAUAGUAGUGAAGAGGCUAGCUCUGAAGAUGAAGAUUGACUGUCAAGAGGCUGUGCUUUAAGUUAUUAAUAUUUUCCUAGUAGAAUAGGUGAGUGUACUUUUCAAUUGAGUUCAUUUUACAUUUGAACAAAUUGUAAUGUUCUGAUGUAGUCACACUAUUUUGUUUUUAUUUUAAUGCACAUGUGGUUGUUUUGUUGCCUAAUUUUAUUGUCUAUAUGCAUUUCUUUGACUUUAGCUUGGUCCAACAAGCUAAAAAGUAUAGACUUCCCCUGUCAUUCCUUAAAAAAAUGAAGAUUUGUUUCAUUUUGAUUUUCAUGAACUGAAUAGUGAGUUCUAAGUUAAUGCUGCUUGUGGGGGAAGUUGCUAUCACUUGUUGAAAAGUUGUUUUUCCUUAGAUAGUUUAAGAAAAUGUAGUCACCUUUGAGCAUAAUGCUAGUUGUACUUGGUCACAAAUCUGAUUUCUACUUGGAGUCUAAGCUGAGUAGGUAGCAACUCAUUCCAUAUCAAGAAACUCUAGUCAGUAUUGCCAAUCCUUUGAAUGUGAGAAGCAUGCUAAAGGAUUAUAUGUGUCAUGCUAAAUUCUCAUAAUUCUGUGGGAAUAACGUUAUAGGUUAUUAUUUUUUGAAAUUUUCUUUCAAUUUAAUUAACCUUGAAGAGGUUAUGUUGAAGUAAAUAUUAGGGACGGGAAAGAAGCUAAUAAUUGGUAACUUUUCACUAAUUACACAUUGGGUUUAUCUGUGAGAUUAAAUGAGUGACUCAAAGUUGUCAAGAUCAUCCUGUCAUUGGUGUGUAAGUCCAACUGUAAACUUUGUGAGAGUUGCUCAAAUUGAAAAGAGUACAACACGAUAGUGUUUAAAGAUUAAAUUCGGAUAUAUGUAUGCGUUUCCAAUAAAUAAAAUCUUGGGAAGGCAAGAACCAUGUGCAGUAUGGGUAGUAUGUGAGAGUAUUUAUCAAACAAGGUUGUUUGGGAUGAAAAAAAAGAAAGAUAAGAAAGGUUAUCAAUAAAACAUUAAGAUGUAUUUAAAAAAUGGACAUGUUGGCUGGAAACUUCUACUGAUUUGAGGAUGGGAAAGGUUAUUUUCCUUUGCAAUUGACCGAUUUGGGGGGCCAGCACGGAUUAGUAACAGUAUACCAAAGCAAGGGAAAAAAGCUCCAGUCCUCCAUGGUUUGCCAGAUUUUUCUGAAGUGUAUGACUUUAUUGGGAGCGUUUUUGAUCCAGAGACUGAGGGCCAUGUUCAGAAACUCAAAUAAAUGGAUCCCAUAAAUUGUGAAACUAGGAACAUCCUGUCGUCAUAUGAUGUUAAUUCCAAAACAGUAGGGUUAGCUGCUGGAUUUGUUGCCAAGAAGCUGAUCAGUGAUCUAUCCUGUUGAACUGAACUGGGUGCUAUUUAGAUGGGAUUUUCUUGUUUUCUUAGCUGGCAUCAUCAAAUGCAAGUGCGUAAUAGUGGUUAUUGCAGCAACAUGCUUUGAAUCUGCAAGUUCAAGAAUCUAACUAUUUAGCUCUAGAGAGAGAGUGUUAAGUCGUGCUGAAUGAAGAGAAGUUUCAACUAAUCUUCAAGGUCCACAAAGAUCCUAAUGCCCAGUGGCCUUGAUGGGAAAUGUAAUUAUUCUUGCUAUUCCAUUUGUUUGGCCUUCUACCAAACCAGUCUAUAUAUCUUGCAACCUUGUAAGAUCUUUUUGAUGGUAGUUUAAUAUUCUAUGUAGGGAAAUCUUUCUCAUGUGUAAGUUUGUCUCUAGAGCAGUGCAACUAUAAGAAAUUAAAUGUAUUGAUUUUAUUUUUCA